AGCCAAGUUAAUUCACUGCCUCGUCAGCUGUAGUCUGAAGCAGAAGUUUCGUGCGAAUAACGCCGUGUUGCAGGGUUUUGAAAGGAAACAUUUUGCUCACGCGAAUUCCACAAAAGUCGAUACUUUGGUGUUUGCUCGCAGAUUUCGCCAUUUUUUGUGUAAGCAUCCUCAGCAGUAGUCAGCUGUGAGAAGCGGUUCUCGGAAAUUUUGUGUUUUUUAUUUGAUUUCCGGCAAUUUUUUUGUUUAUUUUAUUGCAUGAAAAUAAAAGUUUGUGUUUGAAAUUUUUUUUUGUUGUCCAUAAAGUAAUUAAAUAGUGACAUACUUCAAUUAAAAAAUAAUAAUAAUAACUGUGUUUCAAAAUAUAUUCCAAAUAUUUAAAUACAUCGAUAAAUUUAUCGUUGCUGAACUGGUUUAAGCAGACAAAUUGACUUUGCAGUGCACCAGAAACAUACAAAGAAAACCUGUUGCCGAUUGUUAAUGCGACAGACACGCGAUAUACAAACAGCCGAGUUGAGGAAGAAAAGCAAACGCAGUAAUCAACAGGCGAUAGCAGCAGCAGCAGCAGCAGCAGAGCAUCACCAGCGCAGAUAAAUUUAAUAUAACCAGAGCUUUCGUGGAUCGUCGUAGACACUCCAGUCACAGCGAUAGCGAAACUCACAACGCUCCAUAUCAAAGUAUCAUCAAAUUUGCCAGGGCAGCGCUCAGUAACACUGAUCACUAAAAAUCAACCGACUUUCAGCAGCAGUCACCAGCUUGACGAGUCAGUCGGGCACAGCAGCACACACACACACACACUUAGUAACUUAUCCACCUUGUUGCUUACCUACCGGCUUAUCUACCUAUUAGCAUACGUCCACAUAUACAUGCACAUUCGCAUGAACGCGUGAGUGUAUGUGUUCACUUCAACAUUUAUUAUAGGUAUUUAUAAGCCUACAAAGAGCAGACGCUCAGUAGUCAGUCGCAUUGUUGUAGUCAGUGUCGCAGAUUUUUUCAUUUCGGUUGUUGUUUCUUUUGUAUUUCACAAAUUGACUUGAAAAACUCAGUUGAAGUGCGCGAAUUUAUCAGAACGCUGCCAGACGCGCAGUGCGAAGCAACAAAGUGAAAUAAGUAAAGCCGAAAAGUACAGAAGAAGGAGAAGAAGAAGAAGUAGAAGAAGCACAAAGUUAAAAAAUAAAAAUACGACAGAGUGAAAAUAAGAAUAAUAAAAAAUUGCGGUCGAAAUAGUAACCAAGAAAAGUGCAGUUACCGAAACUUCGCCAAAACGACUUUCUAGUUUUUUGCUUGACAUCGAAAAAAAAAAUUCAAUAAAUGAAAAAUUCCAGAAAGCCGCAAUAAUUUACGUAAAUUAUUUGCUACAUAACGAAACCAAAAGUAUUUUUUGCAUUUUAUUAUACAAUACCCAUAAGUACAGUAAGUCUGCGGCCAAACGUGACAGAAGAGAAAUCAAAGAAAAAUUUGCUUAAGCAAGCGGAUAGCAACAACAAACAGCGUCAAAAUUUCGUAAAAUACAGUCAACUUAAAUAGUUUUAUUGCUAUAAGAACUAAGUAAACCGCCAUACCUCAGCACGCAGUAAGCCAACAGAAACAACAACAACAACUACAUAUUUACCUACAAACACUAAACUAAAAAUAAUAUAAAAUAAUUUAUUUUAAAGAAAAUAAAACAAUUUUAUUAUCAACAACAGACAGUAUUACUUCGCAACAACUCGCAAAGCAAUAAAAAUUUACCGUUAAUUGCUAAAAUAACUGUAAAGGCCGUAAAGUAUAAUCGGUUUAUGUGCGUUUUAACCUUGAAUUGAACUGACUUUGUGACACAAAGUAGAACUUAAACAAUUUCGCAGACCAAAACGUGCAAUUUGUUUGAAAAAUAAAACAAAAACAAUAAAAGCAAACUAUAAACUUUCACUCAUUCGUUUUUAAAACAAAGAAACAAAUUCAACGCAUCCAACAAAAUGUCCACCUCAAAGGAGCAAAUUUUUGCCAGUCAGGAUAAAGAUUUGGAUAAACCGAAAGGAUGUUGCUCAACGCGUUAUUUUGUCACCUUCAUGCUCUUCCUGGGCAUGGCCAAUGCCUAUGUGAUGCGCACAAAUAUGUCCGUAGCCAUUGUGGCGAUGGUCAACCACACAGCCAUUACCAGCGAUGAUGUGGUCUUGGAUGAUGAGUGUCCCGAUCAGAAUUUGACGGUUGUGGAAAAUGGACAAGACGGUGACUUCGCAUGGAGUUCGAGUUUGCAGGGCUACAUAUUAUCGUCAUUCUUCUACGGUUAUGUAAUAACACAGAUUCCCUUCGGUAUUUUAGCGAAGAAAUACGGCGCCAUGAACUUCCUCGGCUGGGGUAUGCUUAUCAACUCCGUAUUCGCCUUCCUCGUACCAGUUGCCGCUUACGAAGGCGGCGUCUACGGUCUCUGUAUUGUACGUUUCAUACAGGGUCUCGGUGAGGGUCCCAUUGUGCCAUGUACGCAUGCAUUGCUCGCCAAAUGGAUACCGCCGAACGAGCGUUCACGUAUGGGUGCUGCCGUUUAUGCUGGCGCACAAUUCGGUACAAUCAUAUCUAUGCCGUUGUCGGGUCUGCUAGCCGAAUAUGGUUUUUCUGGUGGUUGGCCAUCGAUUUUCUAUGUUUUCGGUGCUGUCGGUACGAUUUGGUCGAUUGCCUUCCUAUGGCUGGUCUACGAAGAUCCCUCAUCACAUCCACGCAUCGAUGAGCGUGAGAAGAAGUACAUCAAUACAAGUCUAUGGGGUACAGGCGAUCAAAAGGUUCCUGCAAUUCCAUACAAAUCCAUCGUCAAGUGCCUGCCCUUCUAUGCCAUUCUGCUUGCCCAUAUGGGCCACAACUAUGGCUAUGAGACGCUAAUGACAGAAUUGCCCACAUACAUGAAACAAGUGUUGCGCUUCUCGCUGAAGGCCAACGGUUUGCUCUCGGCGCUACCUUAUCUGGCUAUGUGGCUCUUCUCGAUGUUCAUUUCUGUGAUUGCCGAUUGGAUGAUAUCAUCGCAACGUUUCACACACACAGCGACGAGAAAGAUUAUCAACAGUAUUGGUCAAUAUGGUCCAGGUUUGGCACUUAUUUUCGCCUCAUACACAGGCUGUGAUCGUGCCCUAACGCUUGCCAUUCUGACGGUGGGUGUGGGUCUUAACGGUGGUAUCUACUCCGGUUUCAAAAUCAAUCACUUGGAUCUGUCGCCACGUUUUGCCGGUUUCCUGAUGGCCAUCACCAAUUGUUUGGCGAACUUGGCGGGUUUGUUGGCGCCCAUUGCCGCUGGAAACUUAAUCAAUAAUAAGCCGACCAUGGGACAGUGGCAGAUCGUUUUCUUCAUCGCCGCUUUCGUGUACAUCUUCUGCGCUACCUUCUAUAACAUCUUCGGUUCUGGUGAACGCCAAUGGUGGGACAAUCCAGCCAAUGAUGUUAAGGAGCCAUCCUCAGUUAUGCCAGCAACAACGACUUUGACGUCGAAUGGCGCAAAUCCACGAUUCCUAACUGGAGUGGACAAUGGCUUGACUGUGGCGGCGACGAAUAUUCGCGAAACGGGACAAUAAAUAAGUGAUGAUGCGUCGAGAGCGGCGACCUUUGGUUACGCUUUCGUUACUUGAAGCUGUGCAAGUUAGACAAAACAGUUAGACAGUUAGUUGUUUAAGAAUAUUAAAUUAAAAAUAUUUUUUUUUUAACAUUAAGUUGUAGUGAAUUUAAGCGCGUUGAAAAUGUAUUUGCGUAUAAGUGAAACAUAUGUGUAAUGUAACGAGAGUGGGCGGGGCAGGCAAUAAGAAUGUUGGCACAAUCAGUGUCAGCAAAUAGUCAGUGUGUGGCAAGUGAGCAGCCUGAAUGAGUCAGCAUUAAAGUGCAAGCAUAUUUUCAGGCUUUUAUGCAGGAAAUCAAAGAAUGCAGGAUAAAAGACAGUUGCCGCUUAAAGUAUGCAACCCAAGUAAAGUAUGUAAUACGUAAGUGAUGCCAAUUUAGUGAUGGUGUUUUUGUAUGUGGCCUUAAACCGCAAAUUGUUAAUUUAUUGCAAGUAGAAUUGAUCUAAAAAUGAAAAGAAAUAUUUAAUAUAAUUUAUAAUUAUUAUACGAGUAUACACCGUUGGCGUCUCUGCAAAUGAGUUAUUAACUGAUUUUUCUUCGUUAUUUUAAUUUAAAAAAUCCAAUGAGUGCCUUUAGCGCCAGGAAUUGAAAAAUAACUCGAUGCCAAGUAAAAUGUGGUAAACGAUUUUUUCUUAUGGAAUUGUAAUAAAAAAUAAAGCUAAUUUGAUAUAUGUAGACAUAUAGACAAACUGAAGUCAGUAGUAGACGUAUGACAAAAAAAAACUUUAAAAAAGCAGACAAAACAAACUAAGCAACAAUCAGUAUGAGUGACAAUCUAAUUUGUAAGACAAAUUGUAAAAAUUUCCAUAAUUUAAAAUUUUACUACACAAGACACUUUUUGCAAAACUCUUUAUGAAAGCAACUAAAGAAACUAAAAGUUUAUUUCAAAAUCAAAUGAAUAAAAUAUAAAAAACAAAAAGCUCUAAGAGGGUUUAUAACAACCACAAACGGUAGUUUUAC